AUGGCGACGACAUCCUCAUCCACCAGCCCAACCCGCGGCCUCCUCUUUGUGACAAUGCAACCGAAACCAUCCUUAUCGCCCGCCCUCUUCCACGACUGGUACAACAACGAACACGGACCCAACCGAACCCGAUUGUCAUCCUUUAUCCAAAACGGCUUCCGCUACCGAGCCACCGAUCUUGACUCCUCCUCCUCCUCCCAAGGCAAAGGCACGCAAUCCAAACCAAAAUACCUAGCCAUCUACGACGUCUCCGACAUGUCCCAAUUCAACGACGCGCCAUACCAAUACCUCCGAGCACCACCAGGCAAAUCCCAGCGCGAAAUCGACGUCAUGGCCCAGAUCUGGGUCGACCGGCUCCUCCUCGACUUUGUCGGCGAGAAAGUCAACGAACAAACUUUCGUCAAGCUCGAAUCCCCGGAACAUUUCGACGCCAACGCCAAAGGAAACGUCCUGACCACGACACGAGUACUAGUUUCAGCCGAUACAGCCAUCUCUCAACUCAUCUCCACUUCUGCCCUUGACAAGAUCGCCCAAUUGCCCGGCUGGAGACGGACAUCAUGGUUCAAGACAUCCUACCUCGAGCCAAGACAGGACGGUCAAAUCGAACUAGUCUUGAUCAACGAGUUUGCACCGUCCCCAACAGUCAAGGACAUUCACUCCGAGAUAUCGUCUAUCCUGCAACAACAACCAUCUGGUAUCACUAUCACACGAUCCUACGAACUAUUCUACACCUUCGGCACAGCCCCUCGCCACCUCGCCAUCGUGCAACCCUGGACAUCACCAGACAAACUAACCAAGACGAUUCCCGCGCAAUCACAUCCACAGGGCCUGUCCGUCUCAGCCAUCGAAUCCUACAUCACCACCCCCGACGGCGCCAUCCUACCCUUCCGUCUCGAAGGAAACAACAUCAACCUCUCAGUGGAACACGAUAUCGACGGCACUGCCAUUGACACCUCACCAGUUCUAGUCCUCAUCAACUCCGUCCUAGUCACCUACGGCAUCUGGGACCGGUUUCUACAGUCCUUCUGGCAACGGCCUGAAAUCCGGAACCGCAAAUUCCGCGUCCUUCGGUUCCUGUCGCGCGGCAGGACUUUAGUUUCUGGUGACAAGAAUAUCCCCGUGACAGUGGACCUGCUUGCAAAAGAUGUCAUUUGUUUACUGGAUGCAUUGCGUAUCCCCCGCGCUGCGGGCGUCGUGGGCGUGUCGAUGGGUGGUGUCACGGCGCUGGCGACGGCUCUCAAGUAUCCCGAGCGAGUAGAUCGGUUUAUUGCCUGUGAUACGUCGGGCAAGUCUCCGAAUGGGAAUAAACAGACUUGGGAGGAGAGGGUCGCUGUGGCGGAAAAGGAGGGCAAAAGGGGGACGUUGAUUGCGCCGUGGGGGAGCGAGGGCUUGCCCGAGCGUGAGCACCCUCAAGACGCGGGCAACGAGAGCGGCACAACUCAAGUUCACAGUCUCGUGACCCAAGUCGUAGGCGACACCCUCGCCGAACUCACCGUCCGGCGCUGGUUCGCCGAGUCCUCAUUCUCCGACACAGACCCGGACCUGGUCUCUGAAAUCGCACGCGUCAAAAACAUGGUGGCGACGAAUUCACUGCCCGAGUUCCGACGUGGUGUCGCGGCUCUGUUUGGGUACGAUUACAUGGACCUGGUGAAAAAGUACAAUAAACACGAUGAUUGGGGGGUCAAAAAGGGUGCGUUUCUCGUCGGGGCCAAAGAUGGCGUGUUGCCCAAGAGUAUGGAGGCGUUGGCGGGACAGUUGGGUUCGGAGGCGGAGAGCAACCAUGAGUCGAAAGCGCUGUUCAAGGUGAUUCAGGACGCGGGGCAUUUGCCGAUGGUUGAAAAGCCGGAGGAGGUGGCGGACUUUGUGGUGGACUUUUUGCUUGGGAAAGCUACGUAG